GUUUUGUCAAAAACCCAAAAGCACAGACUCCCUUUCCCCUCCCUCCGCUUCGCUCUCCGCCAUUUUGUCGAACACCUUCUCCGAUCGCGCGCCGCCGGCCAUGGCGGACGCCUCCGAGGCGGCGGCCGCCGUUUCAGCGCGGCUCCUGGAGCUCGCGGCCGAAGACGAUGCGGCGGCGCUCGGGGACCUCCUCGCCGCGCACCCGUCCCUCGCCGACGAGCCCGCGCCGUGGUACUCGCCGGCGCGCGGGGCGGAGCCCAUGACCCCGCUCAUGGUCGCCGCGGCGUACGGGUCCGUGUCCUGCCUCGAGGUCCUCCUCUCGCCGCCCCACCUCGUCGACCCCAACCGCGCCUCCCCGGCGUCCCUCUCCACCGCUCUCCACCUCGCCGCCGCCGGCGGGUCCUCCUCCGCGCCCGCCGCUGUCUCCCGCCUCCUCGCCGCCGGCGCGGACCCCACCCUCCUCGACCACCUCCAACGGCGGCCAUCCGACCUCGUCGCCCUCCCACCCAACUCGCUCCCGCUCAAGAACCACCUCCUCUCCCUCCUCGGCGCCCGCAAGGAGUGGCCGCCGGACCCCUCCCUCCCCGACAUCAAGAACGGCGCCUACGCCUCCGACGACUUCCGCAUGUACUCCUUCAAGGUGCGCGCGUGCUCGCGCGCCUACUCCCACGACUGGACGGAGUGCCCCUUCGUCCAUCCCGGCGAGAACGCGCGGCGGCGGGAUCCGCGCAAGUACCACUACAGCUGCGUGCCCUGCCCGGAGUUCAAGAAGGGCGCCGGCUGCCGGAGAGGAGACAUGUGCGAGUACGCGCACGGGGUGUUCGAGAGCUGGCUCCACCCGGCGCAAUACCGGACGCGGCUGUGCAAGGACGGUGUCGGCUGUGCGCGCCGUGUCUGCUUCUUCGCGCACACGCCGGAGGAGCUCCGGCCGCUGUACGUGUCGUCGGCGGGGUCGCGCAGCGCGAUGGAGAUGGCGGCGGCGAUGGGGAUGGGGCUGCCGUCGCCCGGGGCGUCAUUCACGCCACCGCUGUCGCCGUCCGGUGGUGGCACCGGCGUGGCGGGCGCGUGGCCGCAGCCAAACGUGCCCGCGCUGUGCCUGCCCGGGAGCGCGGGGAACCUUCACCUGAGCCGGCUGCGCACAUCGCUGAGCGCACGCAGCAUGGCGGUGGACGAGCUGCUCGCCUCGGCGGACUACGACGGCCUCGUCGGGUCACCUGCCUCAGUGCGCUCGGCGAGGGGAAAGACGCUCGUGCCUUCAAAUCUUGAUGAUCUGUUCUCUUCGGAGAUGGCGGGCGACGCAGCGUCUCCCUCCCCACGGUAUGCCGACCAGGGCGGUGCUGCUUUCUCGCCGACGCGCAAGGCCGCCAUGCUGAACCAGUUCCAGCAGCAGCAGAGCUUGCUGUCUCCCCGGGCCACGGCGGCUACGAUUGUACCAGAGCCAGUGUCUCCGAUGAGCCCUCGGCUUCUUGCUGCCCUUGCGCAGCGGGAGAAGAUGCAGCAGCAGACCCUGAGAAGCAUGAGCUCAAGGGACCUUGGUUCGGACGCCUCCGUGCUCGUUGGCUCACCGGUUACCUCGAGCUGGUCCAAGUGGGGAAUUCCCUCCGGCACCCCUAAUUGGGGCGCCGAUGACGAGGAGCUUGGCCGCCUCAAGCGCUCCUCAUCGUUUGAGCUCAGAAGCGGAGCCAACGGCGAUGAACCAGACCUCUCAUGGGUCAAUACCUUGGUGAAGGAACCAACACCGGAGAAGCCAUCCAUCAAUGGGACAACCGCAAUAGAAUCCAUAGGCACUUUGAGUCAGGCAACAAGUCAUGAGGGUAUCAUCGGAGGUGACGACUGACGAGGACAACACAGCUGGGGUCAUCGGCGGCUGGCUUGAGCAGCUUCAGCUGGAUGAGAUGGUAGUCUAGAACAAACACAUACAGAUCAAACAUGAAAGGUGCCAUAUUUUUUGCUGUGAUUCACCAGUUGCUGCUACUUACUGAAAUCAACUAGCCUCAUACCUUGCUAGUGAUUGCUGGUGAUACAUUCUUUUGGAGCUGGUUAGCUGGUUAGUGUAGGUGUUGAGAUUUCCACCAACAUUUAGUAUUCUUCUGCACAAGUGAAAGAAAUUGAGGAAUUGGAGCCUAGUCAAUUUGUAUCGAAUUGCUGGCUUGUCUAGGCAAAAUUUAUCUCCUUGUAUUUCUUCCUGGUCUCUCCUUGUACCUUCCUUCCAUCCCUCUUUUGCUGAUCAUUCCAAGGGUUACUUAUUCUCUUUCAGGAUUGUGAAUUAUUAUGUAGGGUACAGCUAGCAUCUACUAGCUCCAAUCCUUUGAUUCUUGUGAAGGAGUACGAGGGGAGAGGACCAUGGUUGCAUCAAUGCCUGUAAGGCCUGUGAGGGCUCAUGAUUGGUGUAAAACACCCUACUGAUGUUGUACUAUUAAGAAUCCAUGACUGUUGUAAAAUGCCCUACAGUAUUGUACAGUUGUACUCGGGAGCAAUGCUUGUGUGAAAUGCUUUCAUUGUUGUUGUGCCACAAGAUUAAGCAAUGCAACAUCACUUCACUUCA